AUGGUGGACAGCUGUGGUCCUUCUCCAGGAUUAAGGACCCUGGAGGUGAAAGCGCCGACCGCCAAGAGCUGGCAGCCACAAGGUGGCUGCUUCUGGUACUACACCUACCCAAGACCCAGGAUCAUUGCUGGGUCCCAGGCCACAGAUCUUAACUUGGUUGAUUGGAGCGCUGGAAAUCUGGUGGCCAUUGCUCUUUCCAAUGCUGUGUAUCUUUGGCACCCAGAGAAGGGGGUGCAGGAGGCUAUAGGUGUGAAAUCAGGAUACAUCUCAUCAGUUGCCUGGAUUAAGGAUAGAAACAGUCUUGCAAUUGGAACCAGCGCUGCUGAUGUGCAGUUGUGGGACGUUGAGACUAAGAAGAAAUUACGUAAUAUGCAUAGCCAUAGCUCAAUGGUUGGUGCUCUGAGCUGGAAUGACUACAUUCUUAGCAGUGGUUCCCGAUUUGGACCUAUUCACCACCAUGAUGUAAGAAUUGCACAACACCAUGUCGGAACACUCUGUGGUCACACUUCCCAAGUAUGUAGCCUCAACUGGGCACCAGAUGGCAGGCUUCUUGCUAGUGGUGGCAACGAUGGUCUACUGAAUAUCUGGCUCAAUGAUCCAGGAGCCAACAUUAACAGUAAACCAGACAAGACCAUUAAUAAUCAACAAUCAGCUGUAAAGGCCAUGAACUGGUGCCCCUGGCAAUCUGGAAUACUUGCUGUUGGGGGAGGAAUGAAAGAUGGCCAUUUGCGUAUUUGGGACACAAAGAGUGGGAGCUGUAUUCGAGAUGUGGAUACAAAAUCACAAAUUUGUUCAUUGCUCUGGUUAUCAAAAUACAAGGAGUUAGUAACUGGCCAUGGUUUUCCCAAACACCAAGUCUCUGUCUGGAAUUACCCAACUCUUAUGAAGUCAGCUGACCUGAAAGGUCACAGAGGGAGAGUUCUGCAUCUGGCAUUAAGUCCUGAUGGCAACAUUAUGUUUUCAGCAGCGGCUGAUGAAACAGUUUGUUUAUGGAGCUGUCUCACUGCCAGUGAACAGAAGCUGGACGCAAAACAGACUUUGUAAUACAAACUAUCAAACCUGAGGAUUCACAAUACUGAUCCCACCCUACCCCGACUUAUUUUAGUCCUGCAUCCAUGACACCUCUUGGGGACUUCCUUGUAGUCCAAGCAGAGGCCACUAUCUGCUUCUGCCACUGUUGGGGUUACUGGACUGCCAUCCUACCAGAUUGGCCGGCAGCUCUCGAAGGCAGGACUUCCUUCCCCUGAGGAGUAGAAGACCCAUGCUCAGCUUAAGGCUGCCUGAUUGAAGUCAAUCGUUGUUUGUGAACAACUUUUCUAAAAGCAGGAUGAGCAAUAUGCCCCAACCACCACCCCCCAUAAAAUCCAGUCCCAAAGACAAAGUACUAGUUCGUAUAAUAAACUAAUUUUUGGAGGUACUAGAAUAGUCACUACUGUUUCAAAAAUACAUGUUGCUUGUGAAAUCUAUCAUUCUUGAU